CAUUCACUUAUUAUUGUUGAAUAUGGUAAACAGAUAACAAGGUCGACGGUCUUCUAUAACGCUUUCCCUUUCCUAAAAUAUUCACAUUCAAUCUCUCACCGAGAAAACUCUACAGAUGUGGCGGCAGCGACAGUGGUCACCACCACUUCUACUCUUCAUCCUCACGGUCGCCACUCUCCUACCUUCCUCUUCCUCCAUAGAUUUCCUCUACAACAACUUCACAUCCGCAGCAAACACGACGGACCUCAUCCUCAUCGAAGACUCCCGUGUCGAAUCCACCGUCGUCCUCUUCAUCAACGAGACCGAACAAUACUCCUUAGGCCGCGUUUUCUACCCGCAAAAGCUCUCGAUCAUACCCGACCCGACCGGGAACCCGACCCGGCUCUCCUCUUUCUCCACCUCCUUCGUCUUCUCCAUCCUCCCCGACAUCUCCUCAAGCCCUGGCUUCGGCCUCUGCUUCGUCCUCUGCAACUCCACCUCUCCUCCAGGGGCCAUCGCCAGCCAGAACUUCGGUCUCUUCCCCGACAUCCCCUCCCGUGUCCCCGCUCCCCUCAUCGCCGUCGAGUUCGACACCGGUCUGAACGGCGAAGCCAACGACAUCGACGGUAACCACAUAGGCAUCGACCUCAACACCAUCUUAUCCACCAAAGCCGAAACCGCAGGGUACUAUAAUUCUUCUGCCAACGGAAGCUUUGUCCCUGUUAACAUGCGUAACGGACAGAACAUCCACGCUUGGAUCGACUUCGACGGUCCGAACUUCGAGAUCAACGUUACGAUCGCCCCCGCCGGUAUGCCUCGACCUCCUCGACCUACCCUCACUUACCGUGAUCCCGUCAUCGCCAAUUACGUAUCGGCUGAUAUGUUCGUUGGCUUCUCCGCGUCCAAGACGCUUUGGGUUGAAGUUCGGAGAAUCCUCGCUUGGAGCUUGAGUGACACGGGAGCUCCUCCUCGUGAGAUCAACACCACGGGUCUACCCGUGUUCUUUCUCGACUCUCCCUCCUCUUCUCUCUCGACCGGAGCGAUAGCCGGGAUCGUCAUCGGUUGCGUUGUGUUCCUGUGUUUACUCGGUUUAGGAGGUUACUUCCUUUGGUGGAAGCUAAUAAGAGAGGAGGAAGAAGAAGAGGCCGAGGAGUGGGAGCUCGAGUUCUGGCCUCACCGUUUCACCUACGAAGAUCUCUCCGCGGCCACCGACUCUUUCUCCAGCGACCGUCUUCUCGGAUCCGGAGGGUUCGGUAAAGUGUACAGAGGGAUCUUGUCGAACAACAGCAACGAGGUAGCUGUGAAGUGCGUGAACCACGAUUCGAAGCAAGGGCUGAGAGAGUUCAUGGCGGAGAUCGAGAGCAUGGGUCGGCUUCAGCAUAAGAAUCUCGUUCAGAUGAGAGGCUGGUGUCGCCGGAAAAGCGAGCUCAUGCUCGUUUACGACUACAUGCCUAACGGGAGUCUGAAUCAGUGGAUAUUCGACCACCCUAAAGAGCCGAUGACGUGGCGGAUGAGGCGGCAAGUGAUCAACGACGUGGCGGAAGGGCUUAACUAUCUCCACCAUGGGUGGGAACAGGUUGUGAUCCACAGAGAUAUUAAAUCGAGCAACAUUCUUUUGGAUUCCGACAUGCGUGGGAGGCUUGGGGACUUCGGUCUGGCUAAGCUGUACGAGCACGGUGGAGCUCCCAACACGACGCGCGUGGUGGGCACGCUCGGGUAUUUAGCGCCGGAGCUAGCGUCUGCUUCGUCUCCCACGGAGGCGAGCGAUGUGUACAGCUUUGGCGUGGUGGUGCUGGAGGUGGUGUGUGGGAGGAGACCGAUUCAGUACGGGGAGGAGGAAGAUAUGGUGCUUGUGGAUUGGGUUAGGGAUUUGUAUGGUCAAGGAGUGGUGGUUAAUGCGGCUGAUGAAAGAGUGAGAACAGAGUGUGAUACGGAUGAUGAGAUUGAGUUGUUGCUUAAGUUAGGGCUUGCUUGUUGUCAUCCUGAUCCAGCUAAGCGACCUACCAUGAGAGAGAUUGUAUCACUCUUGAUUGGCUCGCCACAGGAGGAUUUGUUGACUGGACUCACGCCGGUAGCUGUUGAUACUGCCUCUCCCUCUAUACACGCCUGAAUAGCUUUUCUUGUUUUUGUGUUGUCUUGUGUUGUGAGGAAGACGUGUAAAGAUGAGGACUGAAUCUGUAGUUAUUUGAACUCCAAAGUUUACAUGUUGAUAUUAUUCAAAAGACUUUUUAGAUAA